UGAGCUAUUAUUAUACAAUGCGACAUUUAUUUUCAACCAUAUAUUUUAAACAUAACUGGAGUAUAAACUCCCUACAAGAAGAGUUUUGCCUGUACUGUAGCAACUUAACUUCCUGUGUACCAAUUAUACCAUGCCCACUACGUCACGUAUGUAAAUACAGUUAGUAAAAGCUGAUGGUAGAUUCGCGUCGGGUAUUAUCUGGUCUUUGGCGCACGCGCAUCCACACGACAAGGGCUAAUAAUGGAACCUGAUUGUUCAAUUAAAAGAGUGCGUUUCUUUUUCACAGCCGGCCGAGGUAUGGACCGUUUCCUUAUCCCGGAGCUCACUCAUAAAGCGGCCGCUGUAGAUAUCGAAGCCACACCUGGGAAAGUUUUUUUCAGCGCAGAGCCAGACAUGUGCCGACUGACACAAAUCAAGUCUGGAGAACGAUUAUUUUUGUUGCUGCAUAAAGGUCCAUCUUUGUCUCUUCCGAAGCAUAAAGGUAAUGCGUUAUCGGUAUUAAGGCAAGUUGUGAUUGGAGAAAACAGAAUAUGGAAGGAUAGUCUGGGCAUAUGGCAGAAUCUCCAGGAACCUUUACAACAAGAAGAACGUAUGCAUGGUGACCAUUUCAAAGUAGCAAGGAGGAAAUUGGAAAAGGAGCCAACAUUGCACGGGUCAGAGUUGUGUAAGGAGGAACAUGAUGCUGUAGAUGAAACCUCCAUGUUUCACCUGAAAACACUUAACAGCUCAAUACCCCAGCCAGAAGGCCAGGCUCACUCUAAUGCCGGUGAAAGGAAUAAAGCGCAGCCGCUUCCAGCAAAAGCAUGGCGCGCUAUAACUUUUCGAGUAUCUUGUCGAUGUUCAGGAGCAAAUGCAAAACUGUUUUCAUCAGAGGAGGUCGGACGAGCUAUUGGAAUAUCUCUUGUAAAACUGUUAGGUUGGAAACCAGACCUGCGGAGGCCAGAUUUAGAGGUGUUUGUGCAUCUGAAUGAUCUUUAUUCAGUGGUGGGAUUUCCGGUUGUAAGACAACCGUUGGCAAGCAGAGGCUAUAUUCGGAAUACAGGUCUGCGUUCUACAACGGCCUGGGCCAUGGCGUCACUUGCUGAAAUAAACGCUGGUGCUGUUGUCCUUGAUCCUAUGUGCGGGGUAGGAACAAUAUUGUUAGAGGGUGCAAAAGAAUGGCCCCAUGUCCAGUUCAUAGGCAUUGAUAUAAGUGACUCCCAGAUAAAAAGUGCCACUGGUAACGUGAAGGCAGCAGGUGUUGCAGGGUCUAUAGAGCUCGUGAAAGGAUCUGUUUUAGAUCUACCGGUAUUAUCAGAAAGUAUUGAUGUUGUGAUCUCUGAUAUUCCAUUUGGGAAAAAGUUCACAUCUUCUAAAAACAUGAAAGACCUUCUUCCUGAGAUCCUUCAAGAAAUGGAGAGGGUUCUGCGUGUUGGAGGGUCGAUUGUACUAUUACUCAGCCAAAGCCUUCAUCGCCACCUAAAAGCACUUUUUCAGUUUGAAGCAACUAGGCCCGAGAAUGUUUUGCCCCCUAAAAAUGAGACCGGAAUUGCAGCAAGUACCGUUAACAGAACCAAUUGGUCCGAGUCUUUGAUUCCUAUAGAGUCUCAUUCUGUGAGCCUUGGGGUGACAGAAGCAGUAAUAUUCAAAUGUAGAAAGUCAUCAAAGUCCACAGCAUGUUAAUGCCUUCACAUCACCAGGGAAGCACUUCUGAAACUCAAGUUAUGUACACGCUGUUCAUAAAAUACGAUACGUGGUGACUUAUCCAAUGAUAUUAUUGAAGCAAUCGCAUAUUUUGUCAUAGACUUUCUGUCUCACACGUGUUGGAUUAUUUGUUGACAGCAGGACAACAGCACACAUUUCUCAAUUACAUUAUAAUGAAAGUGAAUUCAUUAUAAUAAUUCACAUUGUCUUUAAAAACAUUCGUUGUAGAAUGAAACCCAAAAACUUAUUUUAGCUUUUUCAGAAUACGACAUGAAAUUCUGUAUUCUAAAUGUUACAUUUUUUUAACUCCAUGAUAUGAGUCAUUUUAAGACUAUUUAUUACUUUGUUAUAAAUGCACUUCAUUUGGUACACUUGGCACUAUCUGUUGACACUGUUGGCUCAGCUAAGAGAUAUUCCAGGACAUAUAAAAUAAUAUAUUUUGUUUAGCCCAUAAUGACUGCUAUUGUUUUUUUGUGUGGAUUAUGUUUCUUAUGUUUUUGUUAAGACAAUAAAUACCAAUACAACAUUUCUCUGUGUCCA